UUCUGAUGAACUCUGCAAUUGGAUUCUAGGGCUCUCUGCGGUUGUUCCUUUCAAGUUUCAUCUUCGCAGAUCCAAAAAUGUCUGAACUACCGGACGAGCUAUGGAGGCAAAUUCUCGAAAUCGGUGUAAAGAGCCGUGGUUGGACUUACAGAGACCUCUGUUGUCUCUCCAUUUCUUCUCGUCGACUUCGCCGGCUCUCCGGCGACGACUGUUUCUGGUCGCACCUUCUCUCCUCCGAUUACCCUUCUUCAUCUUCUACUUUGCCGUCCUCCACCUCCUCCUCAAAGUCCCUUUACGAAAUCAGAGUGGUGAGAGAUAGAAAUAGGAAGCAAGCGGCGCACAGGAGAGCAAUACUUAGAAAGGAUAGCCAGAUAACUCAGCAUUUGAGAAGGAUUCGGGAAUUAGAGGAUCAGUUAACGGAGGAGACCAAGAAAUUAACAGCCACCUUAUCGGAAUUGUCUAAUUUACGCAGGGUCAGGGAAGCAACAGUAUCUUUGAAUGUCUGGCAGCCUGCGAUCAUUAGGGGAAGGGAAAAGCAAAUUGUUGAACAAUGCAAUGUUUCUGUUGAUUCUCGGUCUCGGACACUUGAGAUGGAGCUCAAGCUUUGUAAGCAACAAAUUGCCAUUUUUCAAAAAACACUUAAUGAAGAAAGGCAGAGACUCCACUUAGCUAAUAAAGAGUUAGCUUCUAUGAAGUAUCACCCUAUAGAUAAUAUCAGUAAUCGUGAAUCUCGCUUCAAGAGGAAGUCAAAGGAUUUAAAAUGCAAGGGCCUUGCUUGUUGAUCAUGCAUAAAAUUUUAUGCUUGGUGGGUUUAAAUAUCUUUGUCAUCUCCUUGAUGGAUUCCUUGCCAAGAAUCCUAAAUGCCUCUCCCCACACGUGUCCACAAAUUCAAAGGGCGAGCUUAAACUAAAACGGUUAGGACGGGUAGCGGAGCAUCUUGGAACUUCUAAAGACAGUUCUGCCUCAAAUUCACAAGUUGGAGUUCUGCAGAGUAAUAGUAUGAUCAACCCGUUGUGUCGACAUCAUAUGCAGUUCUACAUUUUAUUCAAAUUGACAAUACCAUGAAGCUAUCGAUAAGGGAAUUAUAUCAAAUCUCAUAGCCAAUAGCAAAUAUAUUUUAAAUUCUAUGGCCUUUAACAUUAUUAGUUGUAUUUACAUCCUAAUUCAUAGCCAAUGAAAAUGCUGCUGUUGAAGAUAGUACUCAGUCUACUUUCUCAUUUGAAUGUAUAUAUAUGUGUGUGUGUGUAUAAAUAUAUACACUGAGCAUAUGGGUCUAUUGUUUACUUUCUUUGUGCAAGUUUCCAUACAUCAUUGAUGUUUAUUUGCUCUCAUUGUAAACAUUAAAUUUUCUCAAGAAACCAAUAUUUUAGAUUCA